CCUCGUCAAUAACCGCGACUGACCACUAGAGGGCGCUGUAGUUCAGCUGUAUUUAUUUCCCCAGAAGAAGGUUUGACAUGAGCGACAUCUAGCGGACACCCUGCGCUACUACAGCGCCACCGUGAGCAGCUUCUAUGAGUCUGCGUGAGCUGCAACCAAAGAGUUAAAGUCCAAAAUCCUAUUACGGCCUUUCUGUGGGGUUACACUUUAAUUAAUUUUGACGUGUCACGUGGUCGGUAAUCUUCGGCCGCCGGUUGGAGUUUAACCGCGGUGCCUGUCCCCGGAGCUGGAGCCCUCCUGACAACCAUGGACUUUAUGACGGACCAAGAUGUGCAAAAGUUCAUUGAGGAUGGGUACGUGGUUCUGGACGGGCUGCUGACCUCCUGGGAGUGCGAAGAGUUGAGGCAAAGGAUGGCGGAGAUAGUGGACCGCAUGGACGUCCCGGAGCACUGCCGCACCACCUUCUCCACCAAUCACGACGAGCAGCUCAAAACACAGGGAAACGCCGACUACUUCAUCACCAGUGGAGACAAAAUCCGCUUUUUCUUCGAGAAGGGCGUUUUUGACGACAAAGGGGAAUUCAUCGUCCCAAAACAGCGGUCGCUUAAUAAAGUUGGACACGCACUACAUGCCUUUGAGCCGUUGUACAAAAAAGUGACUCACUCACCCAAAAUCCAGGGCGCAGCGAAGAAGAUGGGUCUGGUGAGUCCGGUGAUCCUGCAGAGCAUGUUCAUCUUUAAGCAACCCAGGUUCGGUGGAGAAGUGACGCCGCAUCAAGAUGCCACUUUUCUUUACACGGAGCCCCUGGGCAGAGUUCUGGGCCUGUGGAUCGCCCUGGAAGACGCCACCGUUAACAACGGCUGCCUGUGGUUCAUCCCGGGGUCGCACAACGGUGGCAUUACUCGCCGCAUGGUGCGCACGCCGCCGGGCUCCUUCCCCCUGACCGACUUCGCCGGUCGAGAGCAGACCUACGCCGACGAGCAGUUUGUGGCUGCGCCCGUUAAAAAAGGUGGUGUGGUGCUGAUCCACGGGGAGGUGGUGCAUCGCAGCACUCAGAACACGUCGGAGGACUCUCGCCACGUCUACACCUUCCACCUCAUGGAGAGCCAGAACACCCGCUGGAGCCCCGACAACUGGUUGCAGCCCACUGAAGAGCUUCCUUUCCCCCCGCUCUACACAAAAUGAAGGAUCUGGUUUUGUGGGUCAGUCGGUGCUGCAGGUCAUGGAGACACACAAGAGCCUCUCUCUGUCCUGAUGAUCACGUCUUUACUCCUUUGAACCGCGGAAAAUGUGCCGCAAUGCUGCCUCUUCUGUGGCAAAGUUCAUACUGGUGACUAACCGGCAUUUAUGAUGAUUGUACUAAUGUUUUUUAAAUGAGAUUACAUUUGAAAAUGAAUUUGAGUAAAGCUUUUUUGGAUCAAGAGACAAUACAGCUGACACGUCUUUUUAAUUCAGCAACUCGUCAUUAACCAAAUUUAUUCUUCCACGAUCAUUUGUUCUAAUUUAAAUUUGUGUCAAAACAAAAUGGCAGAUUCCUAUUUUUACAGACAACAGUAAGCAUUAUUUUUCAAGUAUGUUCAUGUUCAAGAUGCAACUUGAAUAAAAAGCAAAUAAAUCGUUUGUGUCAAUGAUCAUCCACCACAAUAUACCUUUUAUGUUAAUAAAAAAAAUCAAACAAAGGAUUAAUGUGUUUUCAGCCAAUCACAAAAUCUUGUUUCUGAAUUAUUAAAUGUGUCAAACAAUUUGACUAAAAUAAGGCAUGUACAUUU